AUGUAUGAUUUGGGUGGGGGGGGGGGGGGGGGUGGUGUUAUGUGGGAUAAGGUGUUGGGAUGGUGGGGUGAGUAUGGGGUGAGUGGUGUGGGGGGGGGUGUAUUAUGGGGGGGGGGGGUGGGGGUGUUUGGUGGGUGGGGGGGGGUGGGGUUUAGUGGGGGGGGAGUAAGAGGUUUUUGGUGUUGGUUUAGGGGGGUUUGUAUUGUUGAAGGGUGGGUAUGGGGGUUGGGGGAAUGGAGUGUGGGUUAUUUGGGGUUUGGUUAUUAUGAUGGUGUGGGAUUUUUUGUGGUUGAGGGGGUUUGGGUGGUGGAGGAGGAGUUUGUAGGUUUAGGGGGUGUGGUGUGGUGGGUGUGUUGGGGGUUUGGUGGAGUUUUUGGUUUGGUGGGUUUGUGGGUGGUGAGGGUUAUGGAUUUGUGGGUUGUUGGUGUUGUGUGUGAGUGUGUUUGGGAUUGUGGUUUUGGGGGGGUUUGGAAUUUUGGAGGUUUAAAUUGGGUAGAUGUGGUUUUUGGUUUUAUAUAUGGUAAUUAUGGUUUGAUGUAUUGUGGGUUUUGGGGGUUUGGGGGGUGGGGUGUGGGGUGGAGGGGGGGUUGGUUGUUGGUGGUAGGGGGGGGUUUUUGGGGAUAUGGUGGUUGUGUAGUUGGUUUAGGGUGGGUGUGUGAGGGAUGGGGUGGGGUUUGA